ACGCUACAUGCCUUCAAGCGUCUCUCCGACUUUCCCGAAUAUGAUCACGCGUUUCUGGUGGAUCUUUCACUGUACUUAAUGUCUAAAAUCGGUUGUAAAGUUGUACAACUUGUUUAAUGUUUGGUUGUAAAUGUCUAGUGAAAUUCUUUACAUCGACUUAAGUGUUAAUUUUGCUAAGAUGAACAUUUGGAGAAAAAGUUCAACAAGGAACUAACAGUAUAUUCGGUCCAAACUCUAUUAAAGAUUGUAUAGGGCAAGUAGUAAUUGUUUAGGGAGAUUCAGUGCAUCAUUUCACGUGUUUAUCGUGGUUAAUUUGCUAAAGUAAACAUUGUUUACGGAAAUUUAUCACGGUGAAAUCGAAGUUUUGAUUAUACUUUACAAAAACAAAAUUUUCCACGAGAAGUGAUUGUACCUUCACUAAACUUUAUACUAGAAAUUUGACAGGUUUCGACCCGUUUAAACUUUGUACUAUCGGAUUACUUUCUCGUGUGAGUUUUGUCAGUUUAAACAUUUUUGGCAGGAAUUUAUAUUUGUCAUAGUGAAAGGGAAAUCUUGAGUUUUGAGCUACACAAUUUCAUGAUAUUGUGGAAAUAUAUGAAAGGACAAUCUGUCAAGUAAGCUGUGUUUUGUGAUCAUUUUUCCAGAAUGAACAUUUAGUACGAAACUUAUAGGAGUGAAAUUGAUAGUUUAUCCCUUGACAAUAUUAUAAUGAAGUGAAAAUGUUUGUGCUCUCUCCGUAGUGGAGGAAAUAUAUCAAAAUAGCCUAAUUUAAAGAAUCGUGGAAAAUAAUAUAUUUUAUUACUUUUAUCGAGUAUAUUAUAUUCUUCAAUUUAGAAUUGAUAUCAUUGAUCGUUUGGCAUAAAUCAAUUGGAGAGUGAAAAGGCUAUUACAAAAUCUUUCUGGUGUGAAAUCAAAAAGCUCUAGUGAGAUCAUUACUUGAAUAGCAGUUUUUUAAUAAAGUCAAUUCAAUAAAGUUGAUUUAAAAUAGUGUUGUUAAGUGAAUGGGGCUUAAAAAUUGAUGUUCGAACAGAAAUACUGAAUCUGAUUCAACAGUGCAUCAUCAAUAAAUUCGCUGACCAAUCCACCUUGUUGUCUAUCUCAUUGAAGAGAUUUUGGAGCAAUUCUGAAAAUUAUCGAAGAGCAUAAUUUGAAUAAAUUUCCCCAAUCAUCGAAUUUUGUGGCAGUAGAAAUUCAUCACUCAUCAAGUGACCACACGCCAUGGUGAGCUGACUGAGCACCUUUGGACAACUUUUCGUGAUAUGGAGUGACGCCACAGACAGACAGGCCCCUUCCCCAUGAUGACUGAGCCACAGCAGAGCUACCGAGUGGAGCGGCGUAUGGUGCUCAGUAGACCCCAAUGGAGUUCCACAGAUUCGACCGUCUCCAGCCCCGGUUUCCGUCGUCAGGACUCUGUACCUUCGUCCCCCCCACCCCACCUACUCCACAGACCUACUGCGGCUGCGCAGAAUGCCGAACCGAGUGCUGAUCUGGUUUGCAAGGUCAUGCUUCUAGGUGAUUCAGGAGUUGGAAAGACUUGUCUGCUCGUUCGAUUUCGUGAUAAUCUUUUUCUAUCUGGUAAUUUUAUCUCCACUGUGGGCAUCGAUUUUCGAAAUAAAGUAGUAACCGUAGAUGACUCAAAAAUAAAACUCCAGAUUUGGGAUACAGCUGGUCAAGAAAGAUUCAGGAGUGUCACUCACGCUUACUACAGAGACGCUCAUGCGCUUCUGUUGUUGUAUGAUGUAAGCAGUAAGACGAGUUUUGACAACAUCAGAGCUUGGCUUGGCGAGAUCAAAGAGUAUGCUCACGAUGAUGUUGUUAUCAUGCUUUUGGGAAACAAAGCUGACUGUCCCAGUUCUGAGCGUUUGGUAAGGAGGGAGGAUGGAGAGAGACUUGCCAGAGAGUACAAUGUCCCCUUCAUGGAGACUUCUGCCAAAACUGGGCUAAACGUUGAACUUGCUUUUAUGGCUGUGGCUAGAGACUUGAAAUCGCAAAAGUGUGGUAAUCCAGACGACCAGAAAUUCAACGUGCAAGACUACGUUAGGGAGCAGACACAGAAAGGCUCCUGUCCACCCUGCAACUCAUAAUAUCACUCACUUUGUUCAAUACAUAACAGUGCUACCACUCAAAACUGCAAUCGAAACAUUCUAAACUGAAAAUCACAUACAUUUAUCGAGCUAGAAACGACAAUUCACAAUUCUGGUCAGUAAAUAUUACUGUAGUAUGUUCUCUGCCAAUUAAUAGUUUUGUAGAAGACAAUAUUUUAUUGUGUUCUAAGUGUCUUAAACGUAACAUGUUACCUUUAGAUGUAAACCUUGUUUUGUAAAAAAAAAAUACAGGAACCAAGAAGUACCAAAAAGUACUCUCAUUACUUAGGUCUACUACACUUACUAAAAUACCAAGUACCAAGAGUAUUGUUAGUACUAAAUAUCAAUAUUAUCAUACAAAUACUAUAUCACACCCAACCUCUGAGUAUUUUAAAAUUUGUAAUCAAUGUGAUGUAUUAAUGGCUGUAUUAAUUUGAUGUGAGUAAUCAAAUGUAUUAUAUAAAUAGUAUUGUAAGAAUACUUUUUUCAUAACUAAAAGUAAUUUUCAAAGAAAAAUAUUUAUCUUAUCCUUCAACGAGCAAAUUGAUUAAAAGUAUUAAAAAUGCCACUCUUUGAAGGUUUUAGAUCAAAAAGUGAAGAAUAUGAAAGAUUAAAAAAAGAAUUUCACUUGUAUUCACGUAAAAUCGGUUAUCAUGGAAAAAAAUAUAAUGUAAGAUUUUUUAUUAAAUAUUAUCGAAAAAAUUCUGUUAGUUUACUUGUUCGCUUAUUGGAUGUGGAUAUGUGUGUAGACAUUUAUAGUAAUUAGGCUAUUCUUAACUUUUGAUUUUUCUAUUUAAAAACUCAGGAAGUGAAGGUGUAACAUUUUAGUGUUAAAGCUUGAAGAACCCAAUAAUCUAUAAACUUGAGUGUGAAUAGGGAAUGACAUUGGGUAAUACGGCAAGGCAGAACAUUCAGAAGGUUUUUUUUUUAAUUAAUUAUCGGCUAUUAGUAUCUAAGUGUUUUUUAAUUGAAAGUGAAGGAAUCUCAUUGUUCUGAUAUUGAAUUAGUUGUUUUAGAUUUGAGUAUAGAUGUGUAAUAUUUAUGCUUGUUGAUUAUUGUUGGUUUUGUAGAGCCAAUCCUAAACUCAAAGACCCUGUCUGGAUUUGUAUACCAAAGAUAUAAAAUAUCAAGUAGAUAUUUUAAAAAUGAAAUAGAUUGUAUAUUUUUCUGGAGAUAUAUUAAUUGGUGAUUAUAAUAAUCAUCCAUAGAAAAUCUGAGGAUUUUUUGUAGUGACUAUCUCAGAAAAAAAUUAGUCACCAUAAUUAUACCUAUGUUAUUCAGAGGAUUGCUUUCUAAACCAGUAAUAGAUAUAUUUUUGAAUAGUUGUUCUUGAAUUACGGUAUCUUACAUGAUAACGUAAUUUAGAUUAUUUUCGUUCCACUAGACAAAAGUUCAUAAAAAAGCCAUUGGUUUCAAUCUUUUGAUCAAUUCAGUGAAUUUAUAAGCUUUAUAAAAUAACUGAACAUCUUGUGAAUUAUUUAAAGGGGUUGAAAGAAGCAAUUUGUGAAAAACUAGACUUCUCAACAUUCAGCACAAACUAUUUACAAGUUUACCUAGCUUGAAACAAGCAACAAAAUGACAACUCUUUGUAAUCCAGGUACUUCAAGUAACCCAGGUACUUCACAACCGUCUGUGAAAACGAUCAACGAUUUGCCAGAAGAACUACUCAUAAACAUCUUCCUUGAACUAGAUAUUCUAGAAAUUAGCACAAAUGUGAUGAACGUGUGCCUGCAUUGGAGACGAGUAGCCAUGAGUGAAAGUGUUUGGAGGAAACUGAAGUUCGUUUGUACGAACACCAUGGAAUCGUUUCGGAUCGGUGACUAUCUGAAGAGGAUGCCGUUACUCCAACGAUUGCAGGUGCAGUGGAGGACCGACGUCGAUGGCAUUAUGUCGACUGUGUGUUCGCACUGUAACCAUAUAUUGGAGGUGGAGCUAGUUUGUUGUGGUUAUCCGGAUAAAGAUCUGGUGGAGAAGCUAGUCCAGAAGUACCCCAGGAUGACAGUUCUCAGCAUGGGCAAAUGUUGGCAAACUCCUGCUAAAUGCUACUAUGACGUCAUUCGAUUCAAAUCGUUGCGGUCUUUGGACAUAUCGAACAGCCCGUAUCUCAACAACGCUCUCUUGCGACGAAUCUCUCUCAACUGUCCGCAAUUAGAGGAGUUGAACAUAGAUUACGUGAAGGAUAUCUCCGAGAACGAGCUUAUCCUUUUCUUAAGCACUAGACGUGCGUUUUUGAAGUCGUUGACAGUGUUUGGGGAUAUGGUCACUGAUCGUUUAUUGUUUGAGUUGAGUAAAUGUGAGAAGCUUGAGCGCCUCCAUAUCUCCACCUGUUGUGAGAUAACGAUUGCUGGGGUAAUUUCGUUGAUGGGCUUGGCCUCCUUGAGGUACCUAUCCCUGCGUAGAGCCACGCAGUUGGAACAAGACAAACUCGCGCAAUUGUUUUACGAGAAGAAGAUCUUCCAACAGCUGAAACGGUUGUACAUCUCGUCGAAGCAGAAGAUCGAAGCGAGGCGGUUUGGCAGGUGGUUCAAUAACGAGGAGCAGGAUCUGCGCAGGUACGAGGGCAGGCGGUGUGCGUGUGUGUUGUGCAUGCACGGCUUCAGGAUUCGCCCGUCGAACAGCUGAGAUAGGGAUACCGAGGACGGGCUGCACACCAACCGCGUCUGGAUAUUGCAUGAGUAUAUGCGGCUAGCCAACUACCAGGGGCCGCUCUAUGAGGAGGCCAGGAGGAUAAUGGAAGAAGAAUACUAAACGCUCCAACAACCUGCACACUGGGACAUGCGCAAAUGGAAUUGUCCACAACUCAAAUGUACAUGGUAUUUUCGAUUCCGUUUUCCCGGAACAGCUACUAUUGUUCUCAUGUGCUCGUUUCUUUGAGUGUCCUUGGCUUAGACUGAAAGUGAAAGCUAUAGGUUGUCUUCACGGUUGAUAUGUAGACUUUCGAUAUCCUGUUUGCAAAUCUUGUGUUGGAAUUGUGGCGUAUCUGAGAUCUGUCUCCAGUAUUAUUGUAGAUUAUGGUACCCUCUUCAAACUAUUUUGUGCAAUAUCAGUCUCAAUUUUGAGCUUUAAUUCAUUUUCAAGUAUGAGCGCUUAUUAAUAAAUUUUUACUGAGUAUACCCUGAUAGUCAAGGAAGAUAAUACCUUUAAAUAUUCAAAUGAGGUACUCAAGGAUUCCUUGAUUUUCGAUUUUAAGCAGUACUUUGAUCAAUUUUUCAUUUUCGAAUUAUAAUGAAUAUCUUGUCUAUAAGUUGAUAUGAUUAUGUGGAAUGUAGAUGAGUAUUAUUUCAGUUUGUGUGUAGGUGAAUGAUUGUGUAUUUCAUCUAUUGUCCUCAGAUAUUAGUUUCAUUAAUCUAUUGAAUUCUUGUAUUGACGUUGAAAUUCUCUUUUGAAGCCAAACUAAAAUUCAAAAUAUAACAUGCAGCAAAUAAAAUUCAAUCAGAAUAUAUUAAAUUAAAGCUUGAAUAUUUUCUGACUAUUUCAUUCAAUUUUAUAAAACGUUCAUUAAAAAACAUCCAUUCAGUUUCUUUUUUAAAGAUAAUCUUAUUUUAUUCCAUUCUGAUGUGAUCGAUCAUUGGUACUAGGUACUCUUAUAUUACCAUAUAAGUAAUAAUUUCUGUCUAAUUCUAUAAUUGAUUUUAGUUCUCUUUGAAUCGCAUCCCAAAAAUUGUAAUAGAAUAGCAUUCAUUUUAAUAUGAAUUCUUAAAUUAAUUCGAUAUUUUCAAGAAAGUCUAUAUAUCAAGCAUUAUCUUAGUCUCUCAAUCAUAUACUCAGAAAUGGAUAACUACCAACAUAGGUAGUUUAUUUCCUGCAAUAUUCAGACUUGGGAAGUUUUCCAGCAACUAAGUUCUCGGUCUUUACAAGUAAGUUAGUAUAACUAAGUUAUACAAGUUUUGUAGUUCUCCGACUUCUACAACAACAUAGUGAUUCAAUAUGACACUAAAGUAGUACAGGAAAACUAGAUCCAAUGGAAAAACAAUUGUGUACUGUAUAUCUGAUUCAAUACUGUCUAUCAGACAUUGUAAUUGUAUUAUUGUGAAAUGAUAGAUCUUUUGCUUAAUACAUUUUGUGCAUUGUACAUGUAUAUCUGACUCAAUACUCUUUAUCGAGGCAUCGCAGUAUUGAAAAAUAAUAGAUCCAAAUCAGUAUACUAUAGUAUAUUGCAUAUCUGAUCCAAUUCUGUCUGUAAGACAUGAAAUAACAUAUCAAAUGCAUUCUGCUUACAAGCAAUGUGAUUUUGAGAAUAAUGUUGGCAUCUAUAGCAACUGACGUUUUUAAGGCAAUAUUAAUAUAUUGAAUAGAUAUUAGAAAAAUGUCAGGACUAACGUAAUAUAGCCUACUCGUCUAGGAAUAUUGCAUAUCUUAUGCGCUAUAACUGGCUACUCAAAGGCUGCUCUGCUUUAUUGAUCGAUGAUGAGUAACGAACCUUUGGGUCUUUAUUUGGAUGGAUGACCGACUCUGCCAAUAAUCAAACGAUCAUAAUUUCGAUUGUUUUGAAAGUCAUGAAUUUGAUAGUUGGACACAAACCAACUACUCGUAUAAAACUAGGAUGGCUUUGCUUGUGCAGUAAAUGAAUGACUUAUCGUAAUGUCAAGUAACGAGCUCUCGGUUCUGGUCUUGGAUGGAUGGCCGCCACGGUGUAUUGUCUAGCCUAGCUAGUUGCUUCAGAAAACUAUCAUUCUUGGUAAACGUUGGGUACGGUACACUAAGUUUCAAACUCUUUGGGAAUGCCUAAGUUUAGGUAAACCAAGAAUGAGAAUGCCAAUGUUUGAAUAUGAUGUUGAGUUACGAGAGCUCAGUUUGUCGUUGUAUUGGUGACCUAGGCUACCUGUUUCUUGCCAAUGGUGUAGGAAAGUCUUCAAACUUGAUUUAUUUCAGCUACAACAUAAGCCUGAAUUAUGGUACUCAAUUCAAAGAAUAUUCGGGAAAUACUAUAUGAAUAAUAAAUCAAUAAAUGUUAUCCACUGUAAUAUAUUCAUUGAAACUAUUACAGCAGUCAGUGUAAAAUAUGUACCUAUUGAAUAUUGUUCAAUUAAAUCUGGAUGAAUCCUCGAUAUGUCAUGAGCAGUGUUCUGUGGAACAUUAUCAUGACUGGAACAUUCGAAUAAUUCGUAAAUGUUUUUAUAUGUCUACUUUACACAUGAAUGUUACAUCUGAUUAAGAUUACCGUAUAUUGAUACUGUGCUAAUUAUGCCAAUUGGCAUUAUCACGAUUGUUCAAGUGUGCUAAUUGAAAUUUGUAAAGCAUUAGGCAUGUCUCUUUGAAUUUGGUGUUUUAGAUUUACAAUACUUGUAAGAAAUAAUUGUGAUUCAUCUGAGAAAAUACUUAACUACAGAAAUGUAUCAGAAUGACUGCAUACUUUAUUGAAGAUUAUGAUUUUUCUCAUUUUUAUUGUUCAGUUUAUCGUUUGAGCAGCGCAUUUUUCAGCAAUGCUUUUCAAUGAAAUGCUCUGGUUGGCAGGAUAUGAAUACCUUUGACUCUUAUGGGAGUGUUGUUCACAUAUUUUAUUGAAAAACAGGGCUUUGAUUCAAAAUAUUAUGUACAUACCAUAUUGAAUAAUAUUGUUUGAAGCUUAUGCUUGUUUGUACAUUUAGAUAAGAACAGUAUUAUGGGCGUAAUAUAUAAUUUAUAAAUACAUAUAAAAUUUUGUUUAAAAUUAUUUCUCGAUUAUACAGUAAAAAUGGGUUCAGAAGUUUAUAAAAUUUCUGGCUGAACUCACUAUACGGUACAGGAAAAUCAUCAAAAAUAUAAUAUCCAUGAAUAUUCAUUGAACUAAGUGUUUGGUGUAUUUUCAUCCUGAAUAUAUGAUAAUCCUGAAUGUUCCCACUAUGUGCAUACUGAAAUGUAAUACCGUAUUUCCAUUUGUAAUGUAGCUUACCGUAUCUGUCUUGUGUUAGAUUAAAAAUUAAAAUUAUCAUUCCCUUAAAAAUUUCUCUAGAAUGAUCUACAGUUUUCAAUGUUUGAUGUUGUAAUGUGACAUAAAUUAAGCAGUGUUCAUGUUAAAUAUUCAUAAAAUUGUAAGUGAGUAUAUUUUGUAAUCGUCUCUUACAGUAUUAUUUAUGCAAAUAAAUGAAUGAAUGAAUAAUUAAAUUAUUUGCCAAAAAACACAAUAUGCAAAAAGCUGUACAAUAGAAUGACUUCCUUAUUUGUUGAAAUGGGUAAGUUUGUACCUACUAUAAUGAUCACUCUAUCACUACUGGAUCAAUAAACGUUUGUGUAUUUCAAGAGAAAGUAAUUCUGGGUUGAAUGUUGUGUUGAAAUAAUGAUCAACAUAUUCCUGGAUGAUAAUAUAUGAAGUCACACUUAUUGUAAAGAUGAAUACAGUGUAAAUCAAGACAAAUAGGUAGAUAUAUUGUAUGAGUGAAGAUUUAUUAGCUAGUAGAUCAACCCAUUAAUGUCCAAUCUCGAGUAGGCCCUAUAAAUAUUAUAAGUUUCUCAAAUUUUGUAAAAAGCACAAUAGUCAACCAAGAUUCGUGUAAGUAUCUGUCGUCAGUCCUAAUUUUCUUAAAUAUUUCCUUGGCGUAUAAUAUUCAUGAAUACAUUAACUAUGUCUAAAAUAUUCAUGAAGUCUACUGUGUUUGAUGUUUAAAUGUUAAAAUCAACAUAACUAAAACAGUGUACAAUAUUCGAUGUGAGAAUAAACAAAUCAACAUUCGUGUAAUCUUGUCAAGAUGAAAAGAUGAAGUAUUUUAUGGUGAAUGUAAUAGCUUUCAAUCGUUGUUAAUAUACUUGGAGUAAAAAAUAUUCUGUAUUGAUGUGAAAACAAUCUAUGUAUUGAUGUAAAAACAAUCGAUGUAUUGGUGUAAAAACAAUCUAUGUAUUAUUGAUGUGAAAACAAUUUAUGUAUUGAUGUGAAACCAAUCUAUGUAGGCCUAUUUAUGUGUACACAAUCAUUACAUAAAUCAAACUGUUUACUGCAUUGUGGGUCAUGUGAGAAUCAUUAACCAUGUAUGUGAUCUCUCAUAAAUAUAUGAUUCACUCUUCUUGAUGUGACUAUCUGUGUUCAAAGUGAAAACCUGUCAAUAUUUUCAGAGAAUUUAUAAUGUCUAAUGUGCUUGAUGUUGAAAUGUCAUUAUUGCUGUACCCUUUCAAGUUAACAUUCAUAGCGUCUAGUUCUGUGUGAAAGUAUGUGUAUAGAUAUAUUAUAUUAUCUUGAAUCUUCCCAGAAAGUACCAACAUACUAAUUUUAACUCUUAUAAUGUGUUAAAUAUUAUGUGACUGAAAUGUUUGGAUGAGUAAGUAUUUAUUCUCGUAAUAUAAUGAUUAUUCAUUUUUUCUCAUUUUUAAUGCCAUCAUCAUACUAUUUUAUUACAUUCCUUGUGUAUAACCACUAAGGAAAGAGCUUUUUUUUCUUCUUUUGUCUGUGGUAUAAAGUACCGGUAUCAAUCAAAACAACAGUUUCCAUUCUGUGGUAAUAAGUUGAUAUUUAUAACAUAGAGUCACAAAUAUGCAAUUUUUUAAAACCUUUAUCAGCUUUUCAAUGAAAUUCAUGAUGGUGCAAGAUAGUACUUAUCUAGUCAGAAGUAUAUUUUUAACACUAUAAUGUUCAUCUUGUUUUCAACGUUGAAUGCUCUAGACUCAACAGAAUCUACAUAAUAACUAGUUUUGAAGAAGUCAAGUUUUUAAUGGUAGAAUCACGUUUAAUUUGGUUAAGAUAAUUAUUUUUGUACUGUUGUUGAAUGAUAGGUAGAUGUGAGUAAAAACUAUUUUUAAAAUAACCCUUCAACAUUAUUAAUAUAGGUACUUUUGUUGAGUUUGUAACUUGCUGUCAUAUCUGUACAGAUACUUUUUUUGUCAAGAAAUUGUGUAAUUGUUACUGAUUUAUAACUUGAAUUUGUGUGAUUUAAAUGCAAAGAAUGCAUUCUUCAUCUUCUUUCUUGUACAAUUAUUAUUCUCACAAUAUUUAUUCUAAAAUCUAGCCGUCAAAUUUUGAGCUCAGUAUGAUUCCGUUAUCAACAUUAAUAAUUUACACAAAGAACCAUAAAUUUAUUUCAAAUGAAUUAAUAAUUAUUGUAUACUUAAUUAUUUAUUAAAUAUUAUGAUAAUUAAUUAUUGUCUUCGUAUGAGGUGUUAAUUAUUGUAUAAUCUGGUAAAUUUAUUGUGAAACUAACCCGAAAGUUUUUGGUGUAUCAGAUAAAUGUUUGGCAUCAAUUUGGAAUAAAAAAUAUUAAAAUGC